UCGCGAAAGUCCAGUCCAUUGCGAAAUUUGCGAUGCGGGUAUAGGCUGAUUGCUGAGAAGCAUUCGCAACCUACGGAUUUCGCGGUUGAGGGAGAGGAGGUAGCAAGACGGUGAAAAGGGAAACGAAGGCUUAGCAGCAGCGAGAAAUGAGGAAGUUCGAUCCAUGGCCUGUUUUCUUUAAGCGAGAGUGGAAUCGGAAUUGGCCCUUCCUGGUUGGCUUCGCCAUCACCGGAACCCUAAUCGUCAAGUUCACCGCUGGUCUUACAGAGGAAGAUGCUAAGAAGUCUAAGUUCGUUCAAGAGCACAGGAGGUAACCUAUCUAUCACCAUUCUUCAAACUCUAUUAUUUGCUGUAUGAAAUGAGUGCGCCUCUCAUGUUUCCGAUCGUGGAAAGCUGAAACAGUGACUCGUUAACUCGAUGGCACAAUACUCAGCUCUUUAUGAAUAAAUUGAUUAUAGAUUGUUAGUGGUAGCACGGGUCCCCUCUCCCUCCGGUUAGGCUAAUGAUAAAAUCCCAGGAUGAAAGGAGCAUUAGGAUGCACCAUGCAAGAAUAAUUCCAGGGAAAGUCAUGGCUGAAAUGAUUGGUGUAUUGGUAUUAGGCCUCUCUUGUCCUUCAUGCCCCAGUUGAUUUUCUUGCUGCAUUGCCAAAUCCUAUCAUUAUUAUUUUCUUUUAAGCCAUCCUAGCUUAUGGAUUCGGUUAACGAGGUUGUUUCGUUCUUAUGUUCCAGGUGAUUCCAAGUGGUGUGUAUGGCUUCGAGCUCUGCACUUUGUUUUCAGCGUCAUAGUCGAGAGGUUUGCAUGUCUUGGUGUUAUAGAUUGUAAUAACAGAAGAGGGUUUCGGCAUUGAUCUUUGAUUAACAAUGGAAAAAGAUCCUUGCCAAGCUUUCCAUUAAACAAUAGAUUGACUUUUCGAUUUUUUGGUUGAGUCGUUCACGUCAAUCCUUAUGCUUGAAAAAUACAUGAUAUUGUUUUUAGCAAUGGCAUUCAUCUACAGAAAGUGAUUUACCUUUU